AUGGAAGAAAUUACAAAUGUGACUGAGUUCAUUUUUACUGGCCUUUUCCAGGAUCCAGAGGUGCAGAGAGUCUGCUUUGUGGUGUUUCUUCUCGUGUACCUGGCCACAGUGGUGGGCAAUGGCCUCAUCGUCCUCAUAGUCAGCAUCAGCAAGAGUCUGAAGACCCCCAUGUACUUCUUCCUUAGCUUCCUGUCCCUGGUGGAGAUCAGUUACUCCUCUACAAUUGUCCCCAAAUUCAUUACAGACUUACUUGCCACGAUCAAGUCCAUUUCCCUGGAGGGUUGUCUGGCUCAGUUGUUCUUCUUCCACUUCCUUGGGGUCACUGAGAUCCUUUUGCUAGUGGUGAUGGCUUAUGACCGCUAUGUGGCCAUCUGCAAGCCUCUUCAUUACAUGACCAUUAUGAGCCGUCAACUGUGUCAUGUACUAGUUGCUGGUUCCUGGAUGGGGGGCUUUUUACACUCCAUGAUUCAGAUUCUCAUCACCAUCCAAUUGCCCUUCUGUGGCCCCAAUGUGAUUGACCACUACUUUUGUGACCUCCAGCCAUUAUUCAAGCUUGCAUGCACUGACACUUUUGUUGUGGGGGUUAUUGUGUUUGCCAACAGUGGCUUAUUCUCUGUCUGCUCCUUCCUCAUCUUGGUGUCCUCCUAUAUGGUCAUCUUGGUCAACUUGAGGAACCAUUCUGCAGAGGGGAGGCGCAAAGCCCUCUCCACCUGUGCCUCCCACAUCACAGUGGUCAUGUUGUUCUUUGGACCUGCCAUCUUCCUCUACAUGCGGCCAUCCUCUACCUUCACUGAGGACAAACUGGUGGCUGUGUUCUACACAGUGAUCACCCCCAUGUUGAACCCCAUCAUCUACAAACUCAGAAAUGCAGAGGUGAAAAAUGCCAUAUGGAGGUUGUGGGGUAAGAAAGUGAACUUGGGGAUACAGUGA